CGGGUUGAGACGGGCACGACGGGAGCCAGCCACUGACGCGCGCCACACAGCCCCUCACCAGGCACCACCGACGCCCCGCGCCCCGCAACCUACAUACACUCCAAUACUACGGCGGCAGCAGUGGUCGUGUCCUGAUUGUUCCAACAUACGAACACUAAGGAAUCCCCGAGUGCGAUGCGGUUGUUGCUCUUGCUGGUGGUGUGCUGCGCCCUGCUGGUGCCCCACGCCACGGCGCGGCCCCCGCACAGACAAAAGCGUGUGAGUGACCAGCGUCUGGCCGAGCUGGAGACACUGCUGGCUCUCGCUAAGAUGAACAACCGCAAAUAUGUGACUCUCCCUGUUGGCUUCGGACUCAUUGAUGUCAAACAGAUUGGCCGCCGCAAGAGGUCACUUGCCAUGGAUGCUGACCAGGACUUUCUGCAGCAAGUGGACGAGUACGACCUUGGUGAACUGAUCUCUGCCCUCGCCAGCAAGACCGAAAACGAUGAUAGUGGCCUCGAGGACGUAGCUUAUCCCGCUGAGGAUCUCAGCCUGCAGCAAGAUGUGAGAGCGGGACGGGAGGCUGAGAGAAUGAAGGCCACGGGCAGGGCAGUUCCUUCCAGCUCUGCUUUGUUGUACGGCCUGAAGAAUCUUUCCCGCCGCAGAUAUAUUUAGAUCCCGAGCAACUCUCCCAUCCCUCAAGAUCUGCUCUCUUUGUAAACAUUCCCGGUUCAAGUUAUUUUCUUGUGUUUGUUAGAGUGGUGUCGUGUCAAUGAUUUCUUAACACUACGUCACUUCAGGUGGAACUAAGGAGAGAAUCAUGCCCAGUUAUCUUGUUUUGUAUUAAGAAAAUUACCCCUUCGUGAGUUCUGUAUUGGCUGAUACUGAGGGACACUCGCGUGCUCAACCUGUUCUAGUCAAGAAGGUGAUCGCUGACUGUGGCGCAAGAUCUGUCCUAGGCGGCGGGGCCCUGGCACCAGGCGGGCCCCCGCCAGGCUCGGAGCCACGCCGAGGCUGGGCCUGGGCAGGGGCCGCUCAUCCUGAUAUUGGCGAGGGCUUGAAGCUCAACGAAUGCUGGUGACGAAGGGAACGACCAGGUCACAUUCUCCCCGAUGCCUGAGACGAGAACUGCCAGAAGUUUUUAGUGACCAAAGUUUCUGUUUCUUUGACGACGAAAUGAGUUUUAUUUGUUGUUUUGUUUCGUUUUAUUAUUUUUAAUUCGUAUAUUUAUUGAAGAUGUGACCGUUUAUUUAUUGCACUAAGUUUUACAGUUAUAAUAGGUUUGGCUAUUAUUUUAGAGCCAACAGACUGGAUUGAAUCUAGUCUGUUAUUUUAGUAUUACAGUAAACCUAUCUUUAGUUGUAAUUGCCACCUAACAUACGCUUAUAAUUAUUUAUGAAGUUUGGUGAUUUUCUCAGCCAUUAUUUAUGUUAUCUCGAUGUAUUUGAUUUAUUAAUAUGAAAUGUUGUGGAAACCCAAGUCUGUGUACGACGCGCGGCGCCACAUCGCGGCGCUGUGAGCCUUAGCAUGUAAGUCUGCAAGGCGGAGAAUAAGGAGCAAGGAAACUAUAUAUAGGUAUGGUAAUUAGUAGAGGUCUAGGCCACUGUAACGCCACCCCCGCCCCGGAGGCCCGCCAGUCCUCCCACCACCACGCCCCGUACCUCGCGUACCACUAAGGCUGGCCGCCCGCCGUGUGCUGAGGCUGGAAGUUGUUCAUGGAACUCCUCUUGUCCCUUGUCCCUUGCCCUGAUACUGUGAUACCGCCACCCACUUCUCACCACCAACUGUUCCAUUAGCUUAUUUGGCUUGGAUUAUUAUUAUUAUUAUUAUUAUUAUUAUUAUUAUUAUUAUUAUUAUUAUUAUUAUUAUCACCAUUACCAUCAUUGUCAUCUUCAUUAUCACCGCCGUCACCGUGAUCAUCAUCGUCAUUAUUGUAAGGAGCCGUUCCGAAGAACACUGGACAUCCGUCACCCGUCGCUGGCUCCAGGAGGAACCUGAUGCACUCCUUAAAAUCACUUAAAGUCACUGAGAGCGACAACAUCUCCUGAGCGUUUAGUCUUCUGCCUUGCUGCUCUUUUGGAGGAAGGAAUGACAUGUGUUUUUUUUCUAUCAAUAAUUCUUGUUAGACUGAAAGUUUGAGACAAAGUCUUCAACUUUCAUGUUAUAGAGAAAAUCGAAAUUGUGGAACGGUUUUUGUGCAUAUCUGAUGCGUUUUAUUUAAAGUCAUUAAAUCCAGUCAUGUGAGUUAUGAUUAUUGUAAGAGCGUGAAGACUUCCAGCGUUUGAUCACGACCAGCCAAGCAUUUUGCAUGAAUGCUUCCUGACCUUCACCCUUUAUCAACCUGAUCCCAAGCCAAAGUCCUUACCGGUCCGGGCACGCAUUAGUCACGCUCUGUAGUCACCGACCAGUGCUAAAUGAACACUUGUACCAAAUCUCGGAAAGACACAUGUAAGUGAGGGCUCGCGUGCCUCACCUGGCCAAGGUUGAGGCAGGUUUCCUGAACCACUUCAUGCACACGGCGCUUCCCGUCCAGCCUCGUGUACGCGAGAACAGGAAAGAGAGGCAGGCUAAAGUAUGUGCAAAAACUGUAAAGGAUAAAAUUAUCUUCAGCGAACCCAGUGAAUUAUUGCCCAAGAUUAAAAUGUUCAAAUUGU